AUGGCCGCCCUCUUCACCGGGAAGGUCCUGAUGGCCAACCAGGAGCGGGACGAGGUGGAGACGGAGCGGGAGCUGGGCCGGGCGCUGGAAAACAAGGUGCUGCUGCUCUACUUCGCAUCCGGGCAGUGCCCGCGGUGCCGGCAGUUCUCCCCGCUCCUCAGGGAUUUCUUCCUGCGGCUGACCGACGAGUUUUACGUGGAACGAGCUUCGCAGCUGGUCCUGGUGUACGUGUCCCGCGACGAGACGGAGGAGCAGCAGAGCGCUUUCCUGAGGACCAUGCCGAAACGCUGGCUGGCCCUACCUUUCGGGGACGCCUUCAAAAGGGAGCUGGAGCUGCGGUUUGCCGUGUCCGAGGUGCCCGCGGUGGUGGUGCUGAAGCCGAACGGGGAGGUAAUCGUUGGAAACGCCGUGGAAGAGAUCCGGCGCGUGGGCCCCGCUUGCUUCCGAAACUGGCAGGAGGCUGCCGAGCUGGUAGACAGAAAUUUCCUCUUGGCAGAGGAUUUUGAUGACUGGACCAGGAGAAGCAUCACCGAGCCCAUCCGCCGCCUCAAGUACAAGCUGGACAAGAAGACGGAGGCGAAGAACAAGGAAAGGAAAGCGGAAGGCGAAGAGUCGGCUUAG